ACGCUGCAGUCUGGCGCUGCACUUCCUGGUUGUUUCUGCAUUUACCUGCGAGGACCAUGGCUGCAGAAGGUGACUUCUUAGCAAGAUACCGAGCUGUAUCGAAUAAGCUUAAAAAACGUUUCCUUCGGAAGCCAAAUGUCGCGGAGGCAAGUGAGCAGUUUGGCCACCUAGCCAAGGAGCUAAAGCAGCAGGACUGUCUGCAGUAUGCCGCCUUCUGCAACCUGGCCAUGGCCCGGUGUGAGCAGACUCUGUUUAACGCUCCGGGAGAAGCUUUGGCGCUAACUGAUGCCGCACGCCUUUUUCUUUCCUCUGAGAAAGAGAACCACUCUCUGCGAGUGCCGGGCUUUGACGAGCACCUUCAGGCUGCACUCAACUGCUACAGUUUUGCCAGCAAGGUGUAUGUUGAGAUGAACCAGCCGAUGAUGGCAGCCAGUCUGUGUCUAGAACUUGGCAAUGCACUCAAAGAGAUGAACCGACCAGGCGAGGCAAUUGUUCAUUACCAGAGGGCUGCAGAGCUGCAGACACAGAUGCCAGUGGAAGCUCUUCUGUCAAUGGGAGAAAUGGCUUCAUGUAAAAUUCUCACACGUGACUAUGAUGGCGCCUUGUCCGUGUUUACAGAGAUGCAGCUCAUGUGCCAGGAGAGAGGACUGCAACUACCAGGCACCAGCACCCCUGUUGGUGCCUUUUUGGACAUUGUGGCAAGAUGCGAGAUCUCCAGAGUACUACUGCUUAUGCUGCUUGAGCCUCCGCCUCAGAAGCUGCUACCAGAACAUGCGCAAACACUGGAGAGAUACGCAUGGGAGUCCUUCGACCCACACAGUCAAGUGACCUUCCUGCCCGAGAAUGUUUUCCUGCUCCUGCAGUCGGUGGUGGAUUUGUACACGUGUCCUCAAAGGAGCGAUAAUAGACUGUUUGAUCGAGCCGUGACAAAGAGAGAAGUCUGUAAUGAAAUAUCAACUGAGUUUAUGAACAAAUGGCAUGCCAGGAGAAAGACACAGAGUCCCUGAAGUCUCUUCAGACUGAGCUAUGGCCAGUGCUGACCGCCGAGCAGAAUCACCUCCUCCACCUAGUGGUUCAGGAGCGCAUCACACCGUCUGGCCAAGGCAUUUAGUGCCGUCCUGUUCUCAUCCGCUUCCUCUGGGAACGAUAGCUAACAUCAUGGAAACAUUCCUGCUUUUGACUGGGUCUGUUGUAAGACCCCAACAAAUGCUUUCACUGAGACAAAUGUAAAACUAAAAAAAAAUAAUACAUUUGUGGUAUGAUG